AUGACUGCCAGUACUCACUAUAAUUACAACAGAAGAAAUUCAAGUGCUACUCCUUAUACUAUUCCAACCAAACACCAACAAUACCCAACCCACACUUCAUCUUCCUACCAAAGUCACCAUCAUCAACACACUCAUCAACAUACACAUGGACACACCACCCACGUCCACGCUAACCAUCACGCACAACAUCCACAACAAAUACAACAACAGCAACAGCACACAACAACCUCACCUCCUUUAUCAGCUUCUGUACCGAGCUUAUCACGUGAAUUCGUCGUAAGAAGAAUCAGUGAAGGUGAAACUGGAAGAUUAAAAGAAGAAUUACGUUGUGAAGCUUGUGGUAAAGGUUAUAAACAUAUUUCAUCAUUAGCUAAACAUCUUUGGGAACAUACUCCAGAAUGGAAUGUAACUAAGAAAUUAUUAAUUUCAAAACAUCAACAAGUUCAAUUAUUAGAAGCUGCUAGUAUAUUAGUAGGGAUGAAUGAACCUGGAUCUAAACCAUCAGCUCCUGGUCAUCGUCGUCAAUUAUCUACUGAUGACCCAAGAUAUGUUAGUAAUUCCCCCUUUUCCCCACCUGGAUCACAUCAUGACUUAGAUUCUUCAAGCACACCCACUCCACCAAUGAAUGAACAACAACAAUCAUUGGCAUUUAAGAAUGGUUAUAAUCAUACUGAUGAAAUAUAUACUCAUCAUAUAAAUGGGGAUGAUGUUGAAACAAAAUUGAAAUUGGAUAGAUCAUUUUCUGUAAGUCAAUAUCCACCAACUGGAUUUGAUAAUCAUCAUAAGAGACAAUUAUCAUCUUCUCCACAAUUAAAUGGGGGAUAUUUCGAAAAGAGUAAAAAUGGAUUCAUGGACCAACAACAACAAAAUCUUAUGGGAUUGAAAUCGCCAACUAAUAAUGGUUUCAUAAAGCAUCAUCAAAGAAGUAAGUCGAAUCAAAGGGGACAUCAUCAUGAGGAUGAUGAUGGGGAUGGAGAUGAUAGUAAGAAAGAUGAAUCUUUUGAUGAUGGAGUACUUGGAAGAAUGGAUGUUUAG